AUGACUGAGCGCGUGACAAGACCACGACCACGUGCGAAGCGUGAAGUGAAGACGUCGCCAGUGGUCUGCGCAAAGAGCGAAAACGAAGCAUCGCCUAACGACAAGGUACUUGUUAAGAACGAACCCGGCACUCCGGAUCACCCAUCGAGCAAAUCGGCGCUACCCGUCGCUUCUCCGUCCAGUCGGAAACCCUCUAUGCUCGACCAAGUGCAGCGCAAGGAAUUAGCGACUAGAGAUGCCAUCGCCCAAAUUCAACGUCACUACAGACUGCCUGCCCUGUAUCAGCCGUCAAAAGCUGUUCCCGAUGCACUCGACAUGGCCUUCAUUUCACAUUUCGUACACCAAAACAAUGCCACGCGCAAAUAUACGCCAGAAGUACCAUGGAUAACAUCUCUACCCGAUGUCCACGGCACGGCAUCCAAGCCCGCUGUACGACUCUCAAUACGUGCUGCAUCCAUGGCUUUCUACGCCGCCGUGCAUCGAGACACUACCAUUCUCGUCGACUCGUACCGAUGGUACACCAUGAGCCUGAACUGCCAAAGACAGUCGCUCGCUAGACUACCUGCGAACACUAUUCCUGAUGCUGAAGAGAUUCUUGUUCCUAUCAUCUUGAGUAUCUAUGAGGCGUACGCAGGCACGACUACGACUAGCAUGUGGCCGCAUAUGGCAGCAGCGGCGAAGAUCGUCGAGCUACGUGGGCCGACCAAUUGCACGGGCAUCACCUCUACACUCUUCAAGAUAAUGCGCGUUUCCGAUGUGAGUCAAGCGAAAAGCGCUCACCAAGAGAUCGCCGACAUAAUGCUGCUCAUACCCGAGACAAUCGCCAUGCUCGAGGUUGUACCAGGCAGCCUCCGGCGAUUCUUCAACCAGCCACUGCCAUUUGGUGCCGUCGCCGAACCUGUCGUUGCACGAAUACAUGAGUGGCUACGCUUCCUCGAUGAAUGGGCCAUACGCUUCCCCUACCUCACAAAAGCACCCAUCGGCGAGAUCGUCGUCACCACCGACAUGACCAACCUCUCAGCAGGCGUCAACGUGACGACAAACGGGGAGCUGACAUUGCCUAAUAGCUUCGUUGCUUUCACAGCUGCCUCUUACCAGGCUCUCCGCCUCAUCCUCUUCCUGCUUCUCCACAAGGUCAUGCCCAAGAUGGCUCCUUCACCUCUGCCCGUUUUCACUACGUCACCCACCUACCCGUCGCCGCCGUCUGGAUCUUCACCGGCCAUCCCUCGCAUAGAUGAAACCUCAUUACUGGACACUGCAACCAUAGCCGCGCAAAACGUUUUGGAUAUCGCAAAGUAUCAGGAGACUACACAUCAGAUUGGCGGAUUCGAUGUGCUGCGUACUGUGUUUCCGCUCGUGAUUGUGGGAAAUUUGAGCCCGGGCCAGAAGGAGAAGGAUAGAGCGGUCGAUACACUUACAAAAUGGGGUCAUCAGAGAGGUAUAACAGGGUUGUGCACGGCUUGGCUGAACGUAUGA